AUGGGGGCGACCGGUCUCACGGGCACUGGGGGACAAGCCACGUGGGUGCUGGCUGGAAAUAUCCUGGCCGCGGCCUUGGUACUGGGUGCGGGUCCGUGUGCGCUUCCACCCUCCUUCCCUGCCCUGGGCCCAGGGUCGCCAUCCCCGCCCGACCCUGUAGGACCCCGGGCAAGCUCACAGCACAGCGAUAUUUCAAGAGACGCCCAAGGUCCCUCAGAGAACGGAGUGAUAUUUCAAAAAUGCUCGCUGGUGUCUGGCCAGAGCGAAUCGCAGACCAUGCAUGUGCAGCUGUCAGUGAACAACACCAGGACGCCCACGUCAGCCAACCUUUCGGACCUGCUUGUGCUGGAUGAUAUCACUGGCCUCACUGUGAAGGAGUCGCCUGGAAAUGUGACUCAGGACGGAAUCCAGACUUUCAGAAAGCGGUUUCUGCAAGUGGGAGAGUGCUACUCCGUCAGCUACAUGGCCUCGCUGGACCCCACCGCCCUUGGGACUGGAGAGAGCCUGGAUCUUCCCGCCCAGCUCAUCUUUCAGAGACCCUCACAGAACAGAACUCAGCUAAGAGCCCACUUUACCAUCACCGUGGAAGAAAAGAUAAUGGUUCUGCCUAACCAUGGUCUCCACACAGCAGGCUUCAUCGCAGCCUUCCUCAUCUCCCUCCUCCUGACCUUGGCAGCCCUGUUCUUCCUGGCACGGGGUCGGUGUCUGCAGGGAAGCAUGCUGUUGAGAUGCCGGGUUCAGCAUCCUGAGAACAAGCUGGAGCCCUCACCCUUCACCUCUGCUAACGGUGUGAGCCAGGACCUUUCCCUCAAUGACCAACUGGUUGACAUCCUGACUUCUGAGGAGCCUGGGAGCAUGCUUCAAGCCCUAGAAGAGUUGGAGAUCGCAACCCUGAAUCAGGCAGAUGCGGAUCUGGAGGCUUGUCGAAACCAGAUUAGUAAGGACAUCAUUGCCCUUCUGAUGAAGAAUCUGAUCAGUGGUGGUCACCUCUCUCCGCAAACAGAAAGGAAGAUGGCUGCUGCUUUUAAAAAGCAGUUUCUGCUGCUGGAAAACGAAAUCCAGGAGGAGUAUGAGCGGAAGAUGUUGGCACUCACGGCAGAGUGUGACCUAGAAGUGAGGAAGAAGACAGAAAACCAGUACCAGAGGGAGAUGGUGGCCAUGGAGGAAGCAGAAGAGGUGUUAAAGCGAGUUAGUGAGAGGUCUGCUGCAGAGUGCAGCAGCCUUUUGCGGACCCUCCAUGGGCUGGAGCAGGAGGACCUGCAGAGGUCCCUCACUCUGCAGCAAGCAGAGGACUUUGCCCAAGCACACAGGCAGCUGGCUGUUUUCCAGAGGAACGAAUUACACAGCAUUGUCUAUACCCAGAUACAGAGUGCUGUUGCCAAAGGAGAACUGAGGCCCGAGGUGGCUAAAAUGCUGCUGCAAGACUAUUCUAAAACACAGGAGAGUAUAGAAGAGCUGAUGGACUUCUUCCAGGCCACCAAGCGAUACCAUCUCAGCAAGAGGUUUGGCCACAGAGAGUACCUGGUCCAGAGACUGCAGGCCAUGGAGACCCGCGUGCAAGGGCUGCUGAGCACUGCAGCUACCCAGCUAACAAGUCUCAUUCAUAAACAUGAGAGGGCUGGCUACUUGGAUGAAGAUCAGAUGGAAAUGCUAUUGGAGCGUGCACAGACAGAAACCUUUUCUAUAAAACAGAAGCUGGACAAUGACUUAAAGCAAGAAAAGAAAAGGCUGCACCAAAAAUUAAUAACCAAGAGACGGCGAGAACUUCUGCAAAAGCACAAGGAGCAGCAGAAAGAGCAGGUGUCCCUUGGCGAGGCCUCCAGCACUGCGGAGGAUGCCAUUCAGUACCUGCAGCAGUGGAGGAGCGUGAUGGCCGAGCACACCACUGCCCUGGAGGAGCUGCAGGAGCGGCUGGACCAGGCUGCCCUGGACGACCUCCGGGUCCUGACUGUGUCACUGUCUGAGAAAGCCACAGAGGAGCUGAGGCGCCUGCAGAGCACGGCCAUGACACAGGAGCUGCUGAAGCGCAGUGCUCCCUGGCUCUUCCUGCAGCAGAUCCUAGAGGAGCAUAGCCGGGAGUCUGCGGCCCGUACCGCGCAGCUGGAGGCAGAGGAGAGAGAGCGUGGCCAGGAGCUGGUGCAGGGCGUGAGGCAGAGGCUACAACAGGAUGCACCGGAGGCUUGCACAGAAGAGCAGGCAGAGCUGAGGCAUUGGGAGCACUUGGUAUUCACGAAGCUCUGCUCUGCGGCCAUCUCACUGUCUGAAGAAGACCUGCUCCGGGUGAGGCAGGAGGCACAGGGCUGCUUCACCCAGCUGGACCGGAGCUUGGCCCUCCCCAGAGUCCGUGCACGGGUGCUGCAGCAGCAGAUGCAGAUGACCUGGCGGGAAGCAGAGUUCCGGAAACUGGACCAGGCUCUGGCUGUGCCUGAGCUGCAGUCCAAGUCAAGAAAGCUGCGUUCCAAGGGCAGAGGCAAGGCGGACCUUCUGAAGAAGAACCUGGAGGAUAAGAUCCGCCUGUUCGAGGAGCGGGCCCCUGAAGACCUGGCUGACCAGGUACGAGGGGAAUUGCUCCAGGAGAGGGUCCAGAGGCUGGAGGCCCAGGAGGCACACUUUGCUGAGUCACUUGUGGCUCUGCAGUUCCAGAAGGUGGCCCGGGCUGCUGAGACCCUCUCCGUCUACACCGCCCUGCUUAGCAUUCAAGACCUGCUGCUGGGGGAGCUGAGUGAGUCGGAGACACUGACCAAGUCAGCCUGCGUGCAGAUCCUGGAGUCCCACAGGCCGGAGCUGCAGGAGCUGGAGAGGAAGCUGGAGGACCGGCUGGUGCAGCAGGAAGAGGCUGAGCAGCGGCGGGUCCUGGAGAGCGGGCAGCGGUGGACGGCUGAUGGACCUGCACUGAGCGAGCCUGAGGAGAUAGAUCCCGAGAGGCAGGUCUCUGCCAUCCUGCGGCAGGCUCUGAACAAGGGCCAGAAGCUACUGGAACAGUAUCAGCAGAGGGUGAGAGAGGAGCAGCAGAACAGUGCAGUGCUGGAAGAUUCUCUGGAAAGCAUGGAGACCGACACCAUGGCCAGCCUCUGCAGCCAGGGACUGAGGCUGGUGUCCUACCUCUCGAGGAUGACAAUGGUGCCGGGGAGCACUCUACUGAGACUCCUGAGCGUGGUGCUUCCUGCAGCUUCGCAGCCUCAGCUACUGGCCUUGCUGGAUGCAGUCAGCGAGAAGCACUCAGACCACACAGCAGAGAAUGAGAGUGGUGGUGAGCAGGCGCAGGCGGAGCAGAGCAAGAGGAGAAAACACCAGAGCUGGUGGAAAGCUUUGGACAGCAGGUUCAGAGCAGAUCUGGUGAGUCAAGGACUGGAGAGGAUGCUCUGGGCCCGCCGGAAGAAGGAGAGCAUAUUGAAGAAGAGAUAUGUUCCUGUCCAGGAGAGGGUGGUGUUCCCUGGGAAAGGAAGCUGGCCGCACCUGUCCCUAGAGCCCAUCGGAGAACUGGCGCCCAUCCCCAUCACAGGGCUAGACACUAUGGACAUAUUAAACACAGGAGAAAAGAUCUUUGUAUUCAGAAGCCCAAAGGAGCCUGAGAUCUCUUUGCGUGUUCCUCCCAGGAGGAAGAAGAAUUUCCUGAAUGCCAAGGCAGCCAGCAGAGCCUUGGGCUUGGACUGACCCAAGGGGAAGCACCAGGAAGUGUCUCAAGACAGGUGCAUCAUUCCUCUGGCCCACUGGGUUGGUCUGUCUGUCUGUAUCAUACAGCUUGCAGUAUACACAUGCUUGCAGCAUUGACACAGAGCCAUACAAAUUGGCUCUCUCAGAUCCAGUCUCUUGUGCCACAGGACACAAACAUACCUUCCUUCUCUGUCCAUAUUACCAAAAGCUAGAGGGGUCCCACCUUACCCCACCUUCCUCACACAGCCUAUUGCUGGGAUGUGUCCCCACCCAGUUUAUGUGAGGAAUGUGCAGCUCUCUGUUCUUACAAUGUGUGUUACAUGCUCUGUUUUUUUUUUUUUUCAUAAAGGGAACUUUAAAAAUUGGUGUGUAAUAGUGGGCCUCAUUUUUGCUUUAUGUGGGGCAGUUUGUGCUUGCUUUCACCAGUGCUUUGGUUCCCCGUGGUGGGCUCCUACAGAAAGACCCAGCCCUUCCUACAGAGGCUCAAAUGUGCCAGCCCUUGAAUUGCCAGUUCAAGGUAGGGGUAUUUUUCUCAUUUUGCAAUGAGGAUAUUCAGGAGAAGUAGGGCCCCAAAGCUGAUAAAUAGUAGAACAAGGGCUCCUGGUCUGUGGUCCAAGCCUUGGUCCAUUCUCUGGGUCUCGAUCAAUGAACAUGUUCAGGGCUCCAUCUCUGCAGGUAUUGAGAAGCCAUCUCCAGCCUUCAUAGCUUACACAGACCUGUGCAUCCUGAUACUCUCAUGCUCAUGACAGUGGUCAGGCCUUUCAUGUCUCUUUGGGGCAAGACGUUAAUAAGAAGAGAAUCCCAUGACCACCAAGGGAUGAACAGGUCACUGGUGAAGCUUCUGAACUGCAGCUGUGCCUCCUACCCAACCCCCAUCGUCCACCCCCGCCAGGCUUCCUUUAAGGCUUAGCGCUGAUAUCCUGGCCACAGGGUUCCAUCCUAAGGAGCCAGUCAGCCACUUCACUCCAUCAGUAGAGACACAAGGGGAGCAGUUUGUAUCCCAGAGGGGCUGAUGUACCUCAUGGAUAUCCAGUGCAAAAAGCAUAGACAGAGGAAGAACGACUUUGCCCUUUGUGAUAUCGUGGUUCAAGAGUAUUUGCGGUCUCCCUUGUAUCUUUAGGCAUCCCAGUGCUGUGGGCCACAGUGCAUCUGGGAGCCUGCACCCAGUGAUGUGGCAUCUGCCCAGUGCUGGAGGGACUGGGAAAGGCUGAGGUACUUCCUUCCUUCUGUGAGGGCCAGAAGCACACCCCA